UCGCACAAACUUCCGGUUCCGGUUUGCUCAGCAGCGGCAGUGGCGGCGCUGUGCGGAGAUGCUCGGGUUCAUAGAGAGGUAACAUUACCGGUAAACGGGAGCGCGAGACCCACUUACCGUGCCCGGAAACACGUGAGAGAGAGAGAGAGAGAGAGAGAGAGAGAAACACGUGAGAGUGUGUGUAAGUGUGUGUGAGAGAGCUGCCUGCCAGCUGCCCCCCCCCCUCGAGCCGCUCUCUGGUCGUCAUGGCGAAGAACACGCUGUGGUCGCGGUUCCGGGGUGUGGACAUCGACCAGUACGACGAGAACCGCUUCGUGGACGAGAACGAGGAGUCGGCGGAGCAGCAGGGACCGGACGGAGCCGAGGUGGACGCGCUCAUCAGGCAAGGAGACUUGAUGACGGCGUUCCACGUGGCUCUGAAGAACCCGCCCAUCGACUCCAAAAACCCGGCCGUGAAGGAACGUGCCCAGGCCUUGGUGCUGCGUGUUCUCACCUCUUUUAAGAGCAGCGACAUCGAGCCGGCCGUGAAGUCUCUGGAUAAGAACGGCGUGGAUCUGCUGAUGAAGUACAUCUACAGAGGGUUCGAGAAGCCUUCAGAUAACAGCAGCGCCAUCCUGCUGCAGUGGCACGAAAAGGCGUUUGCUGUCGGAGGUUUGGGUUCCAUCAUACGAGUCCUGACGGCGCGGAAAUCCGUGUGAAAAAAAGAGGAAAAGAAGAAGACAAUUCAGAGCCACGGCGUCUACCACCGUAUUUUCAUUUUUCCUUCCUCUUAAAUAUGGACAGUGCGUGCACACACACACUCGUGCGCACACACACACACUCGUGCGCACCCACACACUCAUGCGCGCACACACUACACACUCGUGCGCACACACUGAAUCGAAUGGUGUGCUUUAUUUAAUAACGAUCUGAAGUAUGUGUGUGUGUGUGUGUGUGUGUGUGGUGUAUUUAUUCUACAUUAUUAUCGAAUGAUUUUCAGAUCAGUGCCCGGAGGCUUAAAAGAGGAAACCGGAUGAAGAUGAAGCUCCGGCUCUCAGAUACACACUCUUCAGAUCUCUUUAGAUUUUUUUUGUACAUAAAGAUGAUUAAUAUAUAAAUUGGGGAAUUAAUGAUAUAAAUAUAUUACGUGUCAGAUGGAGGUUGCGCGAGUCCUGAUUGCGUCGCGGGUCGUGAAAGGGGGAGGGGCUUAAUUCUUGAACAGCGUCCCGUCAGGCUGGUUUUCUUGAAAUAGUGAAUGGAAUGAGUUAAAUAACUCACUGAUAUUUUUAUUUCAAGUACUACAAAGAAAACUGAUAUAUAAAGGUUUGUGAUUGGUCGAUUGUCUUUAAGCCCCGCCCUUUUGACGAUUCCUGAUUGAGGACAUGCAGAUAUAUGUGUGGGUGGGGGUUGGUCAGGGGUUAUAUGUGAAGUGCCUGGUGCAAUAAAGAUCACAAAUCUGUC